UAGAUAACACACUUUUUUAAGCUUGAUGUACUAUAUUAAAUCUUAUAUUGGCAAAAACCAAAACAAAUUUAUUCAGGGAAAAUGUUAAUGCCUAAUAUGCUAUAUUCCCAUGACGCAGCUGCCAUCGGUUGUUUUUGCGGACCCACACGAACAAUGGGUCCCAUAGUUCUGGGGCCUACCAGGACGCACCAUGGUCUAUUGGGGUCACUACCCCGAUGCGGAGGAUCUGCGCCAACAGCCAAGUGCACCCGGCCAUCGCUAUCAGACUACAGAUAAAAAAGAAAAACAACUUAAACAGGGCCAAAUCCGUGACCCUACUUAUAAAUAAGAGUCCUCACCUUCUCUGUUUCUCAGGUUCACACUCUUCACCUUGUUUUACUCUACCCAAACCAACCAACGACCAUCUCCAUUAACAACAAAAUUAGAGUCUAUACUCUUCAAAGAAACACCAAAAUGAGACCUAUUAGCAGCUUUAAUACAAUGAAAAUAGCAACAGAACCCCCAUUGUCACGGCCAGCAAUGGCGCAACCGCGUUCUCCAUGGCACUCUCCUGUGCCCUACCUCUUUGGAGGGCUAGCAGCGAUGCUGGGCCUCAUUGCUUUUGCUCUCUUGAUCUUAGCUUGCUCCUACUGGCGACUUUCUGGUCGUUUGGACAACAACGGAGAAGGAGCUGAUGCCGAAAGAGAUGUUGAAACUGGUGGAAAAGAGGGUGAUUUAAACAAGCUGGUCAAGGUUUUUGAGGAGAAGAUUUUGGUGAUAAUGCCUGGUGAGAAGAAGCCUACGUAUUUGGCUACCCCUGUAUCCACUAAAGCUGCCUCUUUUGGUGAUAAAAAUGGUAAGUUUGGGGACGACGAAGGAUCAGAGGAAGCUGAAAGUGGCGAGAAAGUGAAAGGAGAGAUGGGUGAUGAUCAUGAACAAUUGCCAACAAUAACAGAGAACUCGGAAAACCAUAACAACCAUGACAGCCAACAAACUCAAGACCAAAAUUAAAACUGUGAGCUUAGCUCUUAGCUGCUUACCUUCUUUUUUCUUUUUUUUUCCUUUUCAUUUUGGCUUCGCUUUGCAGAGAGUGAGAGUAUUUUCUCUGUUUUCUUCUUCUUCCCUUUUUUGUUUGAUGUUUUUUUUUUUUUGGGUCUUGCUUCUUGGUCCUGAGAGGUUGUUUUUGAUAUUCGGGAAAUGUAAAUUUUACUGAGAAGAUAAAUUAGACGUGAGAGAGUUUUCUUCCCAAAUCCCAAUUGAUUACAGACAAAUUCCAAUUUUCCAUAAACAAAGCAGGUUAUAGUCUCUUGGGUCAUCAAAUUUUCAAUGCAUUUUAAAGUUGCCCUAACCAGCCAUUUUUGCCUGACACCAUAACAACAAAGGUAAAUUAAUAUUACUGAACAAUCAGAAUGAACUUGGCUUGCCUGCCUGUUAAAACUACUUUCAGAAAGCAAACCCACGUCCCAAGUGGAGUGCUAUUUUUACAGGCAUAAAUGGGGUUGAGAAACAAGAGCAAAAAGAACAAUGCUUGCAAUUGUUCUUUUUUAAACUCUCUAAUUAUUGCCCUGUUCUUGCACUUAAUUCCACCGUUUUGAGCCGUUCGCUAGUACAAAGAUAUGAUAAAAAAAUUUGAUGGAAUAAUUUUUUGUUUUAUGAAUUAUCAAUUUCAGUUCUAAAGUACUAAUGGAGGAAUAAAGGAAGGAAAGAAAAUGACUAAAAGCACAUAUUCCUCGAAGAGAUGUUUCUAGGCUCUAGCUAGUUUCCAUGCUAGCAGGCAGCUGUCAUCCGAUAACUUGUGGGA